AUGUACACGCAAAUACAAUCUCACCCAAGAACAAGCAGAGUAGCGUACCAGCCCACGUCGAGCGAAGCGAGGAGAAAAAAAAGGCCGAGCGCAGCGGUAACCCGUGAACGAGGUGAUGGGUAUAACUUUCAAAUACAAGUGUUUAUCGAGAGCAGAGCAUGGGGAUAUGAUUUAACCUGGGCAGCUUUGUUGCCAUUUAUUGACCGAUCAAGGGCACCUCUGUUGUUAUUGCUACGGAAAGCGUGUGGUCCUUCAAUCAACCCACUUCGGUGUAGGGCCGCAAAUUCGGAUUCUGCGGUUCUCGCCGAAAGCUACGACUUGAUCGCGGCAAGUGAUGUUACACUCCAAGGAGCUGAGCUACGUAAAUGGUCGACUUCGGAGUGGCUUCCCGCGGAUCACUUCCGGCCCCCACAGUUCGGCGAUCUGAUUACCCCUUUGGGACGUGAUCCCAGCCUGACACCAUUGCCAAGCCUGGCCGAGCUCUUUUUAUUUCGCCCAUCUUUUGAGCAGCUUGUUCUUCCCAACACAGGGUUCUACGAUCCCGCAUCCACCAUGGCGGACAAGCACGAAACAACAACCCCCACGGACGCCUCGUCGGCAAACGAUCCUGAUCCUGCAGCAGCAGCAGCCAUCUACGAACCCGCUGCGGCUGAGAGCAAGGAGGCAGAGGCGAUCGCCGCACCGCCCCCUGCCGCAAGGAAGAGCUGGCGUUUCUGGGCCGUCUUUGGCUCCCUGUGCCUGGCCACCUGGCUGGUCGCCGUCGAGAGCACCGUCGUGUCCACGGCGCUGCCCGUCAUCACGCGCGAGAUUAGCGCCGGCGACUCGUACAUCUGGAUCCUCAAUGUCUAUCUUCUCACCAGCUGCACCUUUAUCCCCCUCACCGGACAGGCCGCCGACCUCUGGGGCCGCCGCAACGCCAUGCUCGGCGCCAUCAGCCUGUUUGCCCUCGGCAGCGGCCUCGCCGGCGGCGCGAGCAACCUCGCCAUGCUCAUCGCGGGCCGCGCCGUCCAGGGCAUCGGCGGCGGCGGCAUCAGCUUCCUGCUGCAGGUCAUCGUCUGCGACCUGGUGGCCCUCCGCGAGCGCGGCACCUACAUGGGCUACGUCCUGCUGUUCUUCAUGGUCGGCACCGCGACCGGCCCCGUCAUCGGCGGCGCCAUCGUGCAGCGCACGAGCUGGCGCUGGAUCUUCUACAUCAACCUCCCGGUCGCCGGCCUGACGCUCGUCCUCAACUUCUUGUUCCUCAAGCUCAAGUACAAGGACGAGGGCUCGUUCAGGGACAAGCUCAAGAGAAUCGACUGGGCGGGCAACAUCCUCCUGACCCUGGCCGUCGUCUCCGUCCUGAUUGCCCUCUCGUGGGGCGGCGCCCGGUAUCCCUGGAGCUCGUACCAGGUCCUGGUGCCCUUCCUCCUGGGGAUACUCGGUCUCGUUGUCUUCCACCUCUACGAGAUGAUGCCCUGGGUCAAGGCGCCCAUCCUGCCCGAGCGCCUCUUCAAGCGCCGCACGCCCGCCGCCGCCCUCCUCAUCGCCUUUCUGCAGUUCUUCACCAUGUACUACAGCAUCCUCGGCCUGCCCAUCUACUUUCAGGGCGUCAAGGGCCAGACCCCUCUGCAGAGUGGCGUCAGCUUCCUGCCCAUCUCCACGCUCUCCGUCUUUGUCGGCAUCGUCGCCGGCGUCAUCAUGUCCAAGACGGGCCGCUUCAAGAUGCUGCACGUGGCCGCGUUCGUGCUCAAGGCCGUUGGUAUGGGCCUUUUUUCUCACUUUAACCGUGAUACCUCCCGAGCCGAGUACAUCUGCAUCGAGCUCAUCUUCGCCAUCGGCAUCGGCUGCCUCGCCACCUCGGGCCUGCCCGGCGUGCAGGCCGACCUGACCGAUGAGGAUACCGCUCUGUCCACGGCCGCCUAUGACUUUAUGCGCGCGUAUGGCGCCAUCUGGGGCGUCUCGGUACCCGCCGCCGUCUUCAACAGCCGCAGCAGGUCGCUAGCGGCGCAGGUCAGCGACCCGGACGUCCGCGCGAUCCUCGGCCGCGGCGGCGCCUACGAGUUCGUGACCUUCUCCAACCCCCACGACCGCAAGUUCAGCGACCAGGUCCUGGAGCAGAUUACCGGCGUCUUCUCCGACAGCAUGCGCACGGCGUGGUAUGUCGGGCUGGCGUUUUGCCUGCUGGGCUUCCUGCUCGCGUGGUGCGAGAAAAACCUGAAGCUGCGGGAGACGCUGGAGACGGAGUUUGGCCUGGAGGAAGAGAAGAAGAUUGGGCCCGGCGAUGUCGAGAAUGGAAAAGCUGAAGCCACGUCCGACGCCAGCUAA